ACUCGGGCCGAGCGUGAGCAAUCAGAAUCUACCUGACCAGCGCGUCGCGCGGACCACAGCGCCAGACACUGUGUACUUUGCCUGUGCAUGUGCGAGAGGGUUGAUUUGAUUUUUUACUCGUCGAUUCCGCGAGGGAGAGAGAUCGGUAUGCCGUUAACGAGUCUAGCCGAUCGCCCGGUGAGUUGUGGCUAUAGGAGGUGAAGUGAUCGUUAAGAUGGGAUAAUUAGCGGACUUUGGUUCUGGUAUACGCGAAUCGAGCGGGCGUUGAUUGUGAUUUUAACGUGGGAGUUGGAUGAGAAAAUUCGGAGAGUGAAUCGUUGAUGUGCUUCGAGGAAGAUCGGUAGGGGCAUUGCGAUUCGUUGGUCCAAGAAAUUUUGAAACGUCGGAAUUAGAGCAGAAUGCCGAGAAGAUGCCGAGUCUUUCAUUCCUGAUUUUCUCGUUAAGCUGCCAUCAUGUCCUGCAACUGGCGCUGGCCGACGAGAUUACUGUGAGGCGACAGUCUGAUGGAGAUGUCUUCGCCAUUCUGGGUUCCUGUAACGAGGCUUGCAUGGUUCUCAGCAGCAAUACUGCGAGCCCUUUAGGCUCUGCGCCGUCUGCUUUCAACGGCAACUACAACGAUUCCUGCACCUGUCAGUGCAAUUAUGAUUUGCCCGUAUUUCGUGAAGACCUGACGAUAUGCGUCGAUCAUAUACAAGAGUGCCAGUCGAGCGUCUCCGGAUACUUCGUCAGUGGUUCCGGCCUGGUUGAAAGGGUGCCAUACGUUUUCCUUCCGGUGCAGGCCGGACAGAUUAUACAUCCCGAUGCGGAAAUCAAAUUCGAAGGCGUCGGAUCCCCGAUCUGCGUGAUAACCGGAGUCCAGCAGGUGGGCAUAAACGGUUGGACGGAGUUGCGGAACAUCUCGAACGGAGAAUUUCCUCUGAGGCUCUACCGGGACGAGGAGCGCACCUUUCUCCAGUGGGUCGGCGAAGCGCGACUCCGCGAGUCAGCGGAAGGUAAAAUAGUAAUCGUGAAGCUCGCCUGCAAAGAUGCCUAUCCAGCGGCUACGUUCCACGGAGUCUUCACCCCAUGCAUCACCUUCCGAGUCUCCGGCUCUCCAUCAAGAAGCAGCAUAAAAGAGGUAUCCUUCUCGUCGGACAUACCGAUUCAGCAGGGACUAACCAGCGCAGAGUACACGGCGAUCGGAGUUUCGUCGGUGAUUCUCGCGUUGAUCUACGUGGCAACUAUCUGCCUGUAUCUGCACAGUCGGAAAAGUCGAAGGAAAGCUUCUGAGAACGACGAACCCGAGUCGGGACAACGCGGUUUCGACGUUGUUAACGUCUGUCCCAGUGACAACGAGGGUCAGGGACAGGUCAAGAGCAACCCACUGCUCUCGAUUUCCAGACACUUCGAGAGCGACACGAACAGUGCCAUCAGUGAAGCUGAUCUGGCUGACAAGCUGCUGCAGAGCGAGAGCGAGUCCGACAUUGAAAAUCAGGUAACGUCAGCGAUAAUUCACCCUCACGAGGACUAUUCUGAGCCUCACGAACAGAACUGCAACGCAGGACCAAUAAUAGGUGAGCGAUUACCCGAAGAGGAUGUCCGAGUUAUCGAAACGACGGCAGACCAUGGAGGUCAGCACAACAUGCCGAUUUUUCCCGGUACCCAGAGAAGAAAGCUCUACUUCAAUCCUGCCUACUUCGAAAGGCAACUUCUUCUGGCACCACCUCCAGCAGCGAUCGAAUUUCUUCUCAAGAUCCGAGAAGUCAUCUCGAUCGCCAAGCACAAAAUGGCUGCCAAACGCUUCGUUCCUACUCUCAAUGAGAUCCCAGAGGAGACGUCCUCGGAUCGGCAGAGUUCGGACGGUCGAGCCGGCAAAUCUCACCGCAAGCGUGCGAACUCAGUGCAAAACCACUCGGCUCGCUCCCUUCGCUGCUCAGGCUGUCCCGGUUGUAGUCACGGCUCGUCCACACCGAGCCUACCGAAUUCACGAGGUCUCACGGAUAACGGCCCGACGAUCGGGCCCAUCAGCGGCGAGAGUCGUGUCCGAGCUUGGCUCGAGGACGUCAAGCUACUCGACACACGCUGGAAGAGUCUCGAAGAGGAGAGACUAUUGUUGUCCAGAAAAGAGCAGCAGACUGCAGAGGUGGAAAGGGUUGUGAGGGACGUGGAUGCUGAGAGCGCGAGGAUGUCCACGAAAUCGCUACCGCCGAUAUUCAGAGAGGGCUUGAACGGCUGCAUAAACGAGAUGUUCGAGAGAGACGAGUGUGGCUCUUCACGCGGAGCCGCAGCGAAACGAUCGACAAGAUCGGUAACGCGUGAGCCGGGUUAUCUCGAUCGGCAAGCCGAUGAAAUUGCCGAGUGGGCUAGACGUAACAAGCGCGAGCACCAGGAGAACGCAGUCAACGCAAGCGUACGUCGAGCUAUCGAGAACUCGUUCAAGAGUCAGCUGGAACAGCUGCGUAGUGAAAAAUCGGUUGCGAAGCCUAUCGUUUCAGCCGUACCGAGAAAUAGUGACAAACCGAAGGGACGAUCGACGCCGGAGAAGCUGCAGAAUAAAAACCAGGCGAAUAUCGAAAAAUCGAACGCUAAGAAAUCCAAGGAGAUCGAAGAGACGCGAGUCCUUCUGGACAUAAUCAACGGCGAACUGUCAGCUCGGAGCAGCAGCGACGCGAAGCGAAUCAUGGACGCUGUGAUCCAGGAGCUAGUAGUGGCCAAGGAAAAGGAAAAAGCAACGAAGGCUUCGGAUUACGAAACGGAUAGCUUGGAAAAAUCGAAGGUCAGCAGGAAAUCUUCGAGUUCACCUGUCUCGACAACGGAUGACAAGUCUAGCCCAGCGUUGUCGACGGCUCUACCUAUGGACGAGGAACUGACCAUGAGGAAUGCCAUGAUCGACGUGCAGAUCAGCGAAACGAUAUCGACGAAAACGAACAGCGUCGUUAAGAACCAUAAUCUACCGGAGCUAGUACCUCUGCGACCGGAGAACUACGCGUUAGUGAGCGAAGUCUACGUGAACGACGGCUAUGCAAGUCCAACCGGUAGCGACGAUGAUUCAGGCCCGGAGAUUCAGUACGAGCCGGAAAAUCCAGGACACCUGACCAUCAAAGUCGUCGACUCGCCGAAGAAUUACGUGAAGCAAGACGAGUCCGAGUACGAGCCCGACACGCUCGACAGGAAAUCGAUGAAGCUCAAGAUUAACGGUGACAUCACGUACGACAGCCAGGAUAUCGUCAACGAGGUUUACGUCGACUCGCUAGAGAGAUCCUCGCAAAUCAUGCUCAAGAGCAAGAGGAGCUUCAGGGAAGAGAAUGACACGGAAAGUGCAGUAAAGCCACCGCGUGAGUACAACAGCCUGCGUGAGAUCUACGAGGCUCGUCUCAAGUACCAGCAGCAGCAGCAACAAAAGCAACAAGACCAGAAAGAGAAGCAAAAUACUGAGCUGAUAGAAAAGAGUGAAGAACACGACAACGAUGGCAGCGAAAAGGACAAGGAUCGAUCGGACAGUUGGCGCGCCAACAGCUGCAAGUGCACGAGUCCGCUGUUACCGCGACACGAGCGUCGCCAGCGCAAAGCCGAUAACCAGCCGGACGUCGUGCCAAAACCACCUCCAGCUCCACCGACGCCGGAUAACGAGGCGAAACCACCGCCUGCACCGCCGAAGAUGAAAGCUGUCAAUCAUUUCGUAGCAAAAAACGCGCAGGACAGGAGCCUUACCGGAGCAGGUAACCCUACGACCUGCGAGGAAGCUCCUGUCGCCAAAGAAGCAGCGCCAGUCGUAGGGAAGCCCCCGGCGAUCGGUCGGAAGCCCAACGCCGCUGGGGGUUCGAACGACCGAAAUACUGCAGCGAAAUCCAUGAAAGAGAGCACAACGUCGAACGGCGACAAAACGUUGAUGAAUGAGAAAGAUGUUAACGAGAAGUCCGAAUUGGUUCCCAACGAGGUUGAUAAUGGACCUGAAGUAGCCGAGUUGGUGAAUGUUGAUGAGGAGCGAAGAAACGAAAGGCGUCAGCAGUACCGUCGCUUCUCCAAGUGGCGAAACAGCCCAAACAACGAGCGCAGCAGCAGCCGAUCACCCAACCGUCGCUCUGGCAGAAACCGGUCUCAGCGAAAGUCAAGCCGAUCUAGUUCGCGAUCCCAGUCUCGCAAGCGCGAAGCCGAGUCAGAAAAUCGUCACCAGCAGGCCCCUCAACCGCCAACCAGCCCAACUGCCUGUACCUUCGAAGAUAGCGCGUACGUAAGCAGUCCCGAAAGCACCGGUUCGCGUCGCCGUCUCCUAAAGCUUCACGAUGACGAUCGGCAAGCUCACCGAUCUCACUCCAACGGCAACAAUAACUGGGCGAGUUGCACUGAAAGCGAUGAGUCGACGAGUGGCAAUGGAGCCAAUAGCGAAAGCGGUGCCGAGAGCAUCGAAACCGACAGCGUCUUCUUUGGAAAUUUUAGAGCGAGAGCCGAGCGCGAAAGACUCGCCGCUGCGAAUAGGCAGAGACAUGGCCAUCAUCAGAAUAACGAUAGGGGUGGCGGUGCUGCUUCUGGACUGCAGCAACGGCCCAUCAACUAUCAGGCCUUUCAGAUAAAGUCGAGGGUCUAUUGAGAAGUAUGCUUGUUACUGUGUGCGUGUUUAUACUGAGAAACUCGAAUGGUUGCAGGGCUGUUGUAAAUAGAAGUCGAUCUUUGUUUUAAUAGUAUAGAUGAUUUAUUAAAAAUAAUAACGUACUUAUAGUAUAA